AUGGUGAAAGCAAUCAAGACUGAAAAGUUUGUAAGAUUUUUGUACUUUCUCCUUGAUGUACCCAAAAUUCUGAGAGAAUCAAGUCUACAGUUUCAAAGUGAUUAUCUGUUCAUUACUGAAGUCAGCACAAAGUUGGAGACAGCUCUAACAAAAGUGGAAGGCCUUAAGGAUUCUGAUCUAUUGCCCAUAGCAGUUACUUUCCAAGCCAAGUUCCAGUCUAACUAUAAUUCUGAGAGUGGCCUCUUCAAAUGUGGAAAGGACUGUAAUCUUGAUGUUGUACUGAACAAGGGGAAUGCAAUGGGGAUGUAA